GAAAGGACUUUUGACAAAGUUGGUGGCUAGUAUAUCAAAUAGACCUUCAGUUUGCUAUCUUUCAUUGCACUCUGGGAUUAAAGAAACUCAACCGCUGUGUUCAAAUCCAUCCCACAUUCCUGGCAUCUACAUUCCUAGUGUGUUUAUCACAAAUAUAGAAUUCAAGUACAAGGAUCAAUUUUCAAUCGCUGCUGCAGCGCCAUCAAAUAAACCAAAACAAAGAGUGAUUUUUUUAUUCCCAAAAUUCCAUCAAAUAAGAGACAGAAAAUGGGAAGCUCGGUUGACGUGCUCUCCAUCUUGAACGAUCCAGUUCAAUUGAAAUCUUUAUUAAACGAUGAAUCUGAAUUGGAAUCAUUUCGUCAAGCUGCUAUAACUAAGCUAACUACUCAACAACAACAAUUAGAUAAACAUGAAGAAACCACACAAAGAUCAAGACAAGCCCUAACUGAAAUUGGCAACGUAUUGAUCGCUGUUGCAAUGGGUGAUGUUACUAAAAAAGUGGAUAUUAAAGAUGAACCAGAUCCAGAAAUCUUAAAAGUUAAGAUAACGAUAAAUACAAUGGUUGAUCAAUUAAACACUUUCUCUGCUGAGGUGGUUAAAAUUGCUACUGAAGUGGCUCAUGGUGAAUUAGGUGGUCAAGUUAAAAGUGCUGGAACUGUUGGUAUUUGGAGAGUCUUGUCUGAUAAUUUAAAUGUUAUGGCCCUAAAUUUAACUAACCAAGUUAGAGAAAUUGCAGAUGUUGUUAGAGCUGUUGCUGGAGGUGAUUUAUCAAGAAAAAUUAAUGUUCAUGCUCAAGGUGAAAUUUUGGAAUUACAAGAAAUUAUUAAUACUAUGGUUGAUCAAUUGAAAACUUUUGCAUUUGAAGUUACUAGAGUCUCAAGAGAAACUGGUGUCGAAGGUCGAUUGGGUGGUCAAGCUAUAGUUGUUGGUGCUAAAGGUAUAUGGAAAGAAUUAACUGAUAAUGUGAACGCCAUGGCUACAAAUUUAACAAAUCAAGUUCGAAAUAUUGCAAAUGUUACAACUGCUGUCGCCAAAGGUGACUUAUCUAAAAAAGUUACUGCUGAUUGUAAAGGUGAAAUUCUGGAUUUGAAAUCAACAAUCAAUCAAAUGGUGGAUUCUUUACAAACUUUUGCUAUGGAAGUUACAAGUUUGGCUACUGAUGUUGGUAUAAAGGGUAUAUUGGGUGGUCAAGCUGUUGUUAAUGGUGUUGAGGGGGCUUGGAAAGAUUUAACAGAUAAUGUCAAUGCAAUGGCUACUAACCUAACAAAUCAAGUUAGAUCUAUAGCUGCUGUUACCACUGCUGUUGCUCAUGGUGAUUUGUCUCAAAAGAUUGAUGUUGUUGCACAAGGUGAAAUUUUAGAAUUGAAAUCCACUAUCAAUAAGAUGGUUGACUCUUUACAAGUUUUCGUUAGUGAAGUGACAAGAGUUGCUAAAGAUGUCGGUAUAGAUGGUAAAUUGGGUGUUCAAGCUCAAGUUAGUGAUGUCGAUGGGUUAUGGAAAGAAAUUAUUACAAACGUUAAUGUAAUGGCUGCUAAUCUAACUUCUCAAGUCAGAGCUUUUGCUCAAAUUACUGCAGCUGCCACUGAUGGUGAUUUUACAAAAUUCAUUACUGUGGAAGCAAGUGGUGAAAUGGAUACUCUAAAGACUAAGAUUAAUCAAAUGGUUUUCAAUUUAAGAGAAUCAAUUAAAAGAAACACUGCAGCAAGAGAAGCUGCUGAAUUGGCAAAUAGUGCAAAAUCAGAAUUCUUGGGUAUUUUCUCUCAUGAAUUAAGAACUCCAUUCAAUGGUAUUUUGAAUUACACUCAAUUGACACUAGAUACCGAAUUAACUCAAUAUCAAAGAGAAAUGUUAUCAACGGUUCAUAACUUGGCAAAUUCAUUAUUAACAAUCAUUGAUGAUAUACUGGAUAUUUCCAAAAUUGAAGCAAAUAGAAUGACAAUUGAAGAAGCUGAAUUUUCAUUAAGAGGCACUGUUUUCGGUGCAUUGAAAACUUUAGCUGUUAAAUCCAUUGAAAGGCCAUUAGAAUUGAUUUAUGAAGUUGAUAGUUCAUUCCCAGACUCGUUAAUUGGUGAUUCUUUCAGAUUAAGACAAGUUAUUUUAAACUUGGUUGGUAAUGCCAUCAAAUUCACUUCAAAAGGUCAUGUUAAAUUGAGUGUCAAGAAGGCUACUGAACCUUUAGAAACUCAAAUUUCCAAAACAAUUGAAAAUAAUAAUUAUGUUAUUGGUACUAAUAGUAAUAAGCUAUUAAAUGAUUCAGAACCUUUGAUCAAAAAAGAUAGUUCAUUAGCUUUAGAAUUCUGUGUUUCUGAUACAGGUAUUGGUAUUAAAAAGGAAAAAUUGGAUUUGAUUUUUGAAACUUUUACUCAAGCUGAUGGUUCGACAACAAGAAAAUUCGGUGGUACUGGAUUAGGUUUAUCAAUUUCUAAAAAAUUGAUUCAUUUAAUGGGUGGUGAAAUUUGGGUUACAUCUGCUUUUAAAGAAGGUUCUAAAUUUUAUUUCACUAUUGCAACUUCACCAGCUAAGGCUGAGUUAAGUAAACAAUCAGAUGCUCUAUUGACUUUCAAUUUACAUCAAAUUUUAUUCAUUUCCACAAUUUAUUCAAAAGAAGAAACUGAAAAAGUUAGAAAAGAUUUGGUUGAUUUGAAUUUAAGACCUACAGUGGUUCAUGACAUUGCAGAAGUUAGCUCAGAAGAACAAUCUAAAUUUGAUGUUAUCAUAAUUGAUUCAUUAGAGAUUGGUAAGUCCCUAAGAGAAUUACCAGAAAUCAAAUACAUUCCAUUUGUUUUACUAAAUCCAAUGAUUCCAAAAUUGAACAUGAAAGUUUGUCUAGAUCUUGGUAUUCAAUCUUAUGGUAACACACCAUGUUCGUUAAUAGAUUUAGCAGGUUACUUGAAACCUGCACUAGAAUCAAGAGUCGUUCCAAGUGACGAUAACACACCACAAUCAUAUGUCAUCUUGUUAGCUGAAGAUAAUUUGGUGAACCAAAAAUUAGCUGUUCGUAUUCUAGAAAAAUAUGGUCAUGAAGUACAUGUGGUACAAAAUGGUUUAGAAGCUUUUGAAGAAGUUAAAAACAAACGUUAUGAUGUCGUCCUAAUGGAUGUUCAAAUGCCAAUUAUGGGUGGGUUUGAAGCUACUGAAAAAAUUAGAAAGUGGGAAAAAGAAGUUAAUCCAAUGGAUCCAUUUAGUGUUAGAGUUCCAAUCAUUGCAUUGACUGCACAUGCUAUGUUGGGUGAUCGUGAAAGAUGUUUACAAAAUCAAAUGGAUGAAUAUAUUUCAAAACCAUUGAAACCUAAUUUAUUAAUUCAAACAAUUGCAAAGACAAUUCAUCAUAUUAAUAAAUUAAAGGAAUUGAGUGCUUCAAAUCCAACUAAAUUUCAAUCUUUAACAAAAGAACUUUGAAUUGAUAGAUAAUGCCUUUGAAUUGUUUGUGUUUUUUUUUUCAUUUCUGUUACUUGUUUUCCCUUUCGUGAUUGUUAGUUUUUGUUUGUUUAAUUAUUGAGCUUCUUUUUUAGUUAUGAUUGUUAUCGGUUAUAAUGGAAUAUCUAGAUAUUCUUCUUUGUAUAUUAAUAAUAGGAC